AUGAUAUUUGCUGUGGAAGAAAUAAACAAAAAUCCAGACAUUUUGCCUGGAUUAUCUCUGGGAUACAGAAUAUACAAUAACUGUGGAUCUAUGGAUAUACUUAGAUCAUCUUUGGCUUUGGUAAGUGGUAAUUUGAGCUCAACAAUAAAUGAAAAGUGCAAAUCCCAAACAGCUCAUGCCAUUAUUGGACAUUCUGGGUCAACACCAACAAUAGCCAUUGCAAGGACAGUUGGUCAGUUCCAUAUACCAGUGAUCAGUCAUUUUGCAACCUGUGCUUGCCUAAGCAGCAGAAAACAUUUCCCCUCCUUCUUCAGAACAAUUCCCAGUGAUUAUUACCAGAGCAGAGCACUGGCUCAGUUGGUCAAACACUUUGGCUGGACCUGGGUAGGAGCCAUAAGCAAUGAAAAUGACUAUGGCUUGAAUGGCAUUGCCAUGUUUAUAAUGGCAGCCCAUGAAGAGGGUGUGUGUAUCGAAUAUUCUGCAGCUUUUGAAAUCACAAGUCCACACCACAAAAUACUCCAAAUCGUUGACAUCAUCAAACAAUCCACAUCGAAUGUAAUAAUGGCAUUUAUGUCUCACAGAGAGGUUAAGAUUUUGGUGGAGGAGUUACACAAACAGAAUAUUACAGGACUGCAGUGGAUUGGAAGCGAUGCCUGGAUCUCAGACAACUCACUCAAAGAAAGCUUGGGACAUAUGUCUUUAAUUGGGUCUAUCGGUUUCUCUGUGCCCAGAGUAACGAUCCCUAAUUUGGGCCUUUUUUUAGAGAAUGUCAAUCCCUCACAAUUCCCUCACAGCUUGUUUCUUAAAGACUUUUGGGAAAGUGUCUUUAACUGCUCACUUAGACCCAUUGAAGGCUUGAGGAGCUGCGAUGGCUCUGAGAAUUUAAAACAUGUAAAAAACGCUUUUACUGAUGUGUCAGAUCUGAGAUUCACUAACAACGUCUAUAAGGCUGUGUAUGCACUGGGGCAUGCACUACACAAUUUACUUUCAUGUAAUCGGAGCAAUUUGUUUUUUUCUAAUUCAGAAUGUAAAGAUCAUUCCCAAAUACAGCCUUGGGAGGUUCUACACUUCUUGCAGAAUGUAAAUUUCACUACACCUCAGAAAGAAAAUGUAUUUUUCAGCAAUAAUGGAGAUUCUCCAGCAAAAUAUGAGUUAAUUAAUCUGCAAAAGUUCUCUGAAGGCACCACAAAAGUAGUAACAGUAGGCUACUACGAUGCAUCUUUGCCUAAAGACAGGCAGCUCACUUUGAACGGUGUUCAAAUUGUCUGGAAAGGAGGAAGCAGAACGGUACCAGUGUCUGUCUGCAGUGAGAGCUGUCUCCCAGGUACCAGAAGAGCUGUUCAGAAAGGAAGGCCUGCCUGUUGCUAUGAUUGUAUACAAUGUGCACCAGGAGAAGUUAGCAACACAACAGAUUCACUUAACUGCUUGAAAUGCCCAGUACAAUAUUGGUCAAACACGAGAGGUGAUGCCUGUAUUCCAAAAGAAAUCGAGUUCCUAUCUUACAAGGAUAUAAUGGGAAUAUUGCUUGCAUUUUUUUGUUUGGUUGGUGUGUUGUUUACUAUUCUAACUAUAUUAAUUUUCUACUACAAUAGAAAUACUCCUAUCGUCAGGGCCAACAACUCUGAAAAAAAAAAAAAAAAAAAAUAUUGCACUCAAUCACAGCAUAUUGUACAGUCAGACAGUCAGAGAACUCCAUUUCCCAGAACAUAA